GACGACGAGACCGAGAGGGAGCCGGAGGAGGAGCCGCAAGAGGAAAAGGAGGAGGAGGAGGAGCAGGAAGAGGAGGAAGAGAAGGAAAAGGACAAGCAGCAGGUCACCCUAGCAAACGUGAAGACACACCAGGCUCUGCUGGCUGCCAAAGGACUGAGCUCCCAGCAGAUUCAGAAGGCACUGGCAGGGAUGCCUGAAAACGAAAGGCUGAAGCUGUGGAAGAAGUUCGAGCGAAAGAGGACUAGCCAAGGAACGGAGGAAGAGUACCGCAAGUACUGCACUGGCCCCGGUGCUCCAGACAAGCAGAACAAAGCUCUGGAGGCCUUCGUGAAGGAUGGAGGAUCCUGUGGUGAGCUGUACGCAAAGCAGAUGUUGAAGAUCACACACAAAGAGGAGCAGACUGUGGAAAGCCAGUGGAAGACGUGGAGGCAAAUGAAAGUGAAGUUUGGUAAGAAAGAGGCCCUGGCCAGACUGAGGAGGGGCUCCUUGAAGUUCCGCAAGUCUCCCUCCGACGCGAGGUUCUUAGAGUUCUUGGACAUGACAGAAGUGACAAGAGCCUCCUUCGCCAGAGAGAAGGGAGUGGUCGUCAAGAGCUCUGGAAAGAAGACAGACUCGAAGGCUUUGCUAGACCUGCAAGACAUGGACCUCGCUGGACUGACUCCGUCGAGCUUCAAGAGCAUGGACGUGGAACCGGAACUGAAAGCUCUGCUUGGUGGCCCGGACAAGAAGAAGAAGAGGGCAAAAAAGUCCUCGCAGGAGGAGGAAGACUCAGAGGAAGAGGAGGACUCAGAGCAAGAGUCCGGAAGCUCGGAAGCCCCUGCCAAGAAGGUGAAGACGAAGUCGCGAACCGCAGACAGCAAGGCUUCUGGGUCCAAAAAAGGGAAGAAAGAGGAGGACUGGGACGCCAAGUCCCGCUUGGAGGAGAAGGACGGCAAGCAACAGUUCUUUGACAAGCUUUUGAGCUUCAAGGAAGCCCUGGGAAAGGAAGAGACUGUCUUGCAGAAGUUGGUCUCGACAGCUGAGGACGAAGACCACAGCAAGUUUCUGAAGACAGCAAGAACGAAAGCGCAGACGGCACAGAAGAAGAUCGACAAGGCCUUGAAGAACAUCGAGGACAAGAAGGAAGACAAAACUGAAGUGAAAGCCGCUCUGCUCGAGGCCCUUGAAGCUUCUUUGAAGAAGGCCAAGAAAGCCAAGCAAGCAGCAGACUAG